AUGAAUAAACAAAUAAAAGAACCUAAAGAACCAUCAACAUCUGUCUCUCCUAAAUCAAGACAAACAAAAACAAAAUCACGUCAAGGAACAAAAAAAGUACAAGAAAUUUCAUUAAAUGUAUUAAUUCAAUCAUUACAAACAACUCAACAACCAUUAACAGUUUUAUCUGAAAUCCUUCAUUCAAUUAUUUUAAAUCCACCUUCAAAUUCAAUUUAUAAUACUUUAUUAUCAUCAUUUCAUAGACUAACAACACCAAUAACAACUCCUCCAAGUAAUAUUAUAAUAAUGAAUACUCAAUAUAUUGUUGCUAUUCUUGCUGUUAUUUCACUUCAUCAACCAACAGUUAUAGAUUUAUUAACACCAUUAAAUCAUUAUGCUUUAUUAUUUCCUCAAUUACUUAUUCCUACUAAAAUUGAAGAAUCAUCUACAUCACUUCUUUCAAUGUUAACAUCAGAAACACCAUCUUCUAUUGCAACUUCAAUUCAUUCUGAAUUAAAAACAUUGUUUGCUUUACCAUCAUUACCUUUGGUCAUUCCAUAUCUUACACUUCUUAUAUUAUCACAUAUGAAUGUUAUUGUUUCUCUCCCUAAAUUACCUCAUUGCGAUAAUGAAAAAGAUUUACUUUUAUUUUUACCAUUAUAUACAACAGUACUUGCAAGAGGAAGUACACAACCAUUACCAGUAGUAGAUGAUUUAAUGACACCAAUUACUCUUUGUUUAAAUCAUCUUCCUUCCACACUACAACCAUUAACAGAAAUACUAGCUGCAAUAAUGAACUAUUCAAAUAGAAUCACACAAGAUACGUUUUUGACUAUUCCAAUAAUGAAUGUUUUAACUAAAAUACAUCAAAAUAUGUUUAGUUCUGAUGAUUGGUUUGAUAUUAGAGUACUUCUUCUAAGCAUUGCUGCAAAUGCACUUUAUGAAUUGAAAAAAACAGCCAUUGCAUUAGUAAAGAGUAAUUUAUUAGAAGAGUUUUGUCAAGAAUUUGGGCAUUUGGGGGAUACUAAAGAAGAUAAAAUAAUGAAAGGGUAUUUAGCUGUUGUAAUUUGUGGAUUUGUAUUUGUUGAUCAAGAAUGUGCUAAACGUGUUCAAUUAGAAUGGGAAGAACUUCUUGGAUUGUUAGAAGAGUUUGCUGCAUUUCAACAAAAUUGUGGAGCAAUGGAUGAAACGUCUCAAAGAAGAUUAAUUGAUGCAAUGGAAGUAAUUGAGAAGAUUGUUGAUACAAAAACUGCAUCAACAUUUGAAAUACCAGUAAAAAGAAAAAGUUCUAGUUUAAAAAGUAAAGGUAUUGAUUUGCCACAAGAAGAUAAUGGAAAAGAAGAAAUAUUAAAAGAGAGUAGAAUGUCAUUUGAUUCACUUUCACUUAAUGAUAUUGAUUGUUAUUAG